UGAGCGGUGCCGCCUCGUCGAAGUGUUUUGAAUGAGAACCGUGCGAGUGUAAUUACACUGGUGUGUGGUGGAUUUGUUAUUCGGAAGCAGUAUGCCAGUAACGCCCGCGGAAAACUAAAGCUACCCUCUUUUGCAAAGCACCGCGCCGCCAAUUACAUAAUUGAGCAAUUCGCUAGCAUUCGCUUGCGUCUCCAUCGACGAUGAACCACUUGCGGAAAAAUCUGUCCCGCUUUCGCUUAAUCACCUUCGACGUAACCGAUACCUUGCUGGAGUAUGCAACACCACCCGAAUGCUACUAUGCACAGGUGAUAAACGGUGUGCUGAAACCGAAUCUAGGCCUCACGAUAGACGAGCAAGCGAUUGCCCACUCGUUUGGGCGCUGCUUCCGAGUGUUGAAAACACAACAUCCCAAUUUCGGGUGCAGCUCCCCUCCCGCACACCUCGAUGAACGUGUACCGAACGUGGAAAAUUGGCGCUGGUGGUGGCGCACCCUGGUCGAGCGUGUCAUACUGGAUGCGGCCAAACGAAGUGCGAACGAACUUCCAUCCGGUUUGCUGCUCAGGAUCGCCGACCAGCUGAUCGAAGACUACACGCGCGAUGCCGCUGGUGUGUGCUGGAAGAAACGUCCCGGGGUGGAUGAUUUUCUGCAGCAGCUUCGGCAGACCACCGAACCAUCCAACCAGCCACUGCUCCUCGGUAUCGUGUCGAAUUUCGAUCCCCGGUUGCCGACGAUCUUGCGUCGGCAUGAGCUGCUCAAACCGGGUGACGGUGGCGGCGGCGGCGGCGGCGUCGAUUUUGUGCUUACCAGCUAUGGAAUCGGAAGGGAAAAGCCUGAUCCCACCAUUUUCCACGCCGCUCUGCGAAGGGCGAACGGUCUGGCGGAAGGCGUCAUUCACCCGCACGAAGCACUGCACAUCGGCAAUCUGUGCGUGGAAGAUUACCAGGGGGCCCGGGGUGCCGGCUGGCACGCCCUGCUGGUCAAUGUGCCCGGUAAGGCGCGGGCAAGUGAUAAGUGCCGCCACAUACAGGGCCAUCACAUAUUCGCCGGGAUUCCCGAACUCCAAUCGUGCCUCUCGUUGGCACCCACCUUUCGUUGGUGAGCUCCGGGACCACCGGGCGAAUCUUGGAUGUCAUUCAUUUAAAGAAAAAAAAAAUACGUUAACUAAUGUGUAAACGGUAUGGAGUAGGAGUCUGGUUGGCAGCAGCACAGUGUGUGAUGUUGUUAGGAAAUAAUUGAAGAAAAAAAAGAGAAAGAGAGAGAGAAAAAAGGCGGAAAAGAACUGGUCAAAGCAAUAUUUACACCGUGUCCAAUAUAUUCUCAUACACUUUGCUUGCUGGA